AGAAUCAGGGGCGGACCCACAGGGGGCAAAGUGGGCCAUAGUCCCCCUGAAAUUUUGACAGUAUUUAUAUGUGUAAUAUAAUUUACUAUAAAAUACAGAAAAUGUAAAAGGCAUAAUAGACUAAAAUCAACUUUAUUGGGCCUUCUCUUUGUCAAGCCGAGGCCCAAUAGCUAUCUUCGGCUUGCUUCUUCCCAUGUGCCUCUCUCUGUCAAUUGUCAAGCCGCCGCCACUUCUUGCCUUCUUGGCUUCUUGUAUGCAUGUGCCCGUCCAGGUCCAGGCAUCCAGGCUCAGCGUCUAGGGACCAGCCCCAGCCCUGGCGGCCGGCGUGGCGGCACACAGUGCCCGGCGCCUCCGUCCACUUCCCGGCCCGGCGCGACGUUGGCCCCGGCGCCUCGCUCAUCCGCUUUCGUCUUCCGGUGCAGCACAGGCGAGUAGCGCUUGCGACGACCCGGCCCGUCGGUCUCCGCUCCCUUCCAUCAAGGCAAGCAGUCAGGAAGACAUCUGACCGGGUCAGACGAUACAGCCCAUAUACGUACGUCGAGUCCUCAAAGUUCGAUUCUACGACCAUCGCACCCAUCUUGGCCCAAAGUACUUCCGCGCCGCGCUACGAACGAGGCCAUCCGCCGCCACACGCCGUAGGCCAUGCCGCUGAGGUCGGAGACCGGCACUGCUGGGGAGGGCGAUGAGGAGCAGCGGUUGCGGGCUGCUCUGCGUCACCUGCAGGCGGAGGCGGGGGUGCUGGAGCGCCUGGUGUACAAGCACCGGAACCAGCACCGUGGCGCCGCCUAUUUCCAAUACCUCCUCAAGGUGAGGAGGGACCUCAAGCUUCUGCUCGGCGCCGGCCUCGCGGAGGUCCUCAACGCCGUGUUCCCAGUUCUCGCAUGCCGCAAGCCGGCCAACACGAUCCUCGUCCCCAACAAGCAGACUAAGAAGAAACCUGGUGCAAACCACAGCCAUCACCAGAGGCUUUUGGGUGUAGCCCGCUUGUUAUCCCAGAUGUCUGAACCUGUUAUGAAGGCAGCAAUUCAGAUAACAUUUUUACUUGCUAGAUCAUUCUUCGUUGAUCUUUGCACGGCUGUGCUUUCUUUGCUUGCACGAGUAAGGGUCCUGAUCCAACAGAUGUUACUUGAUGUUGUGUCUAUAUACAAUAAGGUCACUGAUCUUACUGAAAGGAAGCAGGCUGUUAAGAUUAGCAUCAGUGGAGUGCAGGCUUUCAGAGAGUACUACCCCUCUAUGAAUGAUGCAUGUACAGUUCUGGAGUGUGUAUGGAUAAAAGAUAAAUUCGUUUUGCAUGAAAAGGUUAAAGAUAUCUCUCAGGAGACCCAAGUUGAGAAUCAGAAGUGCCGCGAUCCUGAAUCUACAGUCCAGUAUGAAACGCUUGCACUGAUUAGUGAAGAUAUGAAAAUCCUAGAAGAAACGAACUUGCCAGACAGACAGACAGAUACUGCUCUAGCGGAGCAACCGGAUAAAAUGAUUCAUUGCAAUGAUGCUGGAGAUUCUCAGAAGGGGAGGCAACUAGAAAAUGAAAGCAGUGCUCGUUUAGUUCCUGACACCCUUAGUACUCGGAAGCACCUGAAGCCCGAGUCUAGGAAGAGAGUAGCAUUUGUAGCAGUUGGAAAUUCGAAAGUUACGGGUGCAGCCUCAGAAAUAAAAUCAUCAGAGGUGAACAAGAAGCAAAGGCUAGACAUGAUUUCUCCUUCCAACAUACAAUCUGGACUGUACAACAAAUUGCUGGAUUGUGAGUUUGCAGAAAAAUCCUUACUUUAGUAUGUUCAGAAUUUAAUACUUCAAUACUUUUUCAACUGGAAAAGCAAUAGAUAGGAAAGUGCGCUUGUGCGAAAGUAUCUCAAGGUACGGCAAAUGUCAGUGUUCUGAAGCUGAGGCCCUUUAUCAUUUCUGUUUCAAAUUUCUAAGGAUGAUCUGCAACAUUGUUUUGUAGUGUUUGUAUUAGGGAGAUGCCCAUCUUCACAUCAAUGUUCAGAAGUUAUGUGCGCUAUGAGAUUUAAAUUAUGAGCUGCCAGAUUGUUUUGUAGAGUUUGUAUUUGGUCAUUGUCGUGUCAAUGUUCAGAAGCAUGCUCUUAUACAACUGAGUUUUGUUUGCAUCAGCAGAUUUCUGCCUUGCAGAUUUUAUUAUUCAUUCAUUCAUUGUGUGA